UAGUUUUGGAUUUUAGUUGAUCGCGUUUGCCUCCUGGACGAAACUCGCAGCUAAAAGCGGUGGAUUAAUUGUUAUUAAGUGAAAUAGUUAUUAAUUGUUAUUGUUGUAAGUGUAACUAAGCAUAAUCUAACAAAAUGCUGCGCCGAUUAACUGCGUGCAACUCCAUUGGCAGCCAGAGGGAAACAUUCAAGCUCAUCGCAUGCUGCUAUUCGACAAGUGGCAAGCACAGGCGCCAGGGGAAGAUCUAUGAGUCUGCCACCGAUGCAGUUGCCGAUGUUAAGGAUGGCUCCAAAAUACUCUUUGGCGGAUUUGGCAUUUGUGGUAUACCCGAAAAGAUGAUCGAUGCGUUGAAGCAGAAGGGCGUUAAAGAUAUAACUGCGGUGUCCAAUAAUGGCGGCGUUGACGAUUGCGGUCUGGGUGUGCUGAUUAAGCAGAAGCAAUUGUCCAAGGUGAUUGGCUCGUAUGUGGGCGAGAAUACCGAGCUGGUGCGCCAGUAUUUACAGGGUGAGCUAGCCGUGGAGUUGACGCCCCAGGGCACCCUGGCGGAGAAGAUUCGGGCGGGUGGUGCUGGCAUACCCGCCUUCUUCACACCCACCGGCUAUGCGACGCUGGUGCAGCAGGGUGGUGCACCCGUGAAGUAUGCGAAGGAUGGCAAAGUGUUGAUUGCCAGUGAGAAGAAACCGGUGCAGUCCUUCAAUGGUCGCAACUAUGUUAUGGAGGAGUCCAUCUUUGCCGACUUUGCCUUUGUCAAGGCACAGAAAGCGGAUCCCAUGGGCAACUUGGUGUUCAACAAAUCGGCGCGCAAUUUUAAUGCGCCCAUGUGUCGUGCUGCAAAGAUUACCGUUGCUGAGGUGGAAGAGAUUGUGCCUGUUGGCGCUCUGUCUCCAGAUGAGAUUCAUGUGCCCGGCAUCUAUGUGAAGCGCAUCUUCAAGGGCAGCAACUACAAUAAGCGCGUGGAGCGUCUACGCAUCACAGAGCCCAAGCAGGAGGGCAAAGCCGCUGCUGAAUCAAGUCCCGGUCAGGCUUUGAGGGAACGCAUCGCUCGAAGAGUGGCGUUGGAGUUCGAGGAUGGUAUGUACGCCAAUCUGGGCAUUGGCAUCCCAGUGCUCUCGUCCAACUAUAUACCAAAGGGCAUGAGUGUUAUGCUGCAGUCGGAGAAUGGCAUCUUGGGCCUUGGCCCGUUUCCCACAAAGGAAAAUGUGGAUCCAGAUCUAAUCAAUGCCGGCAAGGAGAGCGUUACUGUUAUGCCAGGUGCUGCCUACUUUGGCUCCGAUGACAGCUUUGCCAUGAUUCGUGGCGGUCACGUUGACCUGACCAUUUUGGGCGCCAUGGAAGUGUCGGCCACUGGUGACUUGGCCAACUGGAUGAUACCCGGCAAACUUGUGAAGGGCAUGGGUGGCGCUAUGGAUCUGGUGGCUGCGCCCGGCACUAAAGUCAUCAUUACCAUGGAGCAUAACGCACGCGAUGGUUCACCCAAGAUUCUGGAGAACUGCUCGCUGCCACUGACGGGCAAGGAAGUCAUCGAUCUGAUCAUCUCCGAGAAGGCAGUGUUUCAGGUGGAAAAGGGCGUUGGCCUCACCCUCCUUGAGGUUGCCGAGGGCUUCACUGUCGACGAUAUAAUUGCAUGCACGGGCGCCAAGUUCACCGUCUCGCCGAAUGUGAAGCAAAUGUCGCAAAUACCCAUUUGAGUUGUUGAGUUGAGGUUGGCAUGUAGAAAGAAAGCUAUGUAAAAGUUACUGUUCAGUUACUGAGGUGAUAUAUGUGUGCAUUUAUUGUUGUUAUUAAACGUGAAACAAUAAUCGAUUUUAUUACCAUUAAA